CUUUGUAUUGCUGCUGAAGACAAGACAUCUGCUUCUCGACACAGCAACAGAAGCACGGGAGAGCCUCGCAGGCUGCCCAAAGAGUGCGGACCAGUGCAGUUAUCAAGUAUGGAGACGUCUGCAUGCCGUCCUUCCUCAAUUAUAGCACCAGCCCCAGCGACCACAACCACAUCAGGUUCAGAGUUUGACAAAGCAGAGCCUGAGCGGUGCCGAAGCAAAACUUUCGAAGUUGCACAUGAGCACGACAAAGAGAAUGUGCCCCCUUCACACCAGAGCUUGGGGAGGCUAGGAGCUGCAGCAAGCAAGGGAUCGCUGGCAGCUAGUGGCAAGCGCAAGAGGAUCCCACUGCAGGACGUCACCAAACUGUAUGCCAGCGACAGAAACUUCCACCAGAGCGUGCGUAUGUUCAGAUGAGACCAAUCUGGGGCUGUACAAGUAGAGUCAAUCCAUGCAGAACUGCGGAGUGUUUACAUGUGCUGUUGCAUCCCAGAUGCUACAGCAGUCGGAAUAGGCGAGUCCUGUGCAGCAACCUAUCCCUUGUGUCCUAGAUGCAGCUGUUGAAUGCAGUGCAGUCGCUUCUUGUUGGCCACACGUUGUGAUCACAUACGGAAAGUAUCAUGACGCUUCAUUGAGAACAUUUAAAGAAAAUGAUGAUGCUGUAUGGAAUGAUUAACUUGGUAAUUUGCAAGAGUGGCUUG